AGGAGGGUGCUGGCUCGGCCGCUCGCCGUGAUGCUCCGGGGGCGGAGAGGAGGAGGAGGAGGAGGAGGGACUUGCAGCCCUUUUCUGCUGCCGCCGAGGCGGAGGGCGGCAGACGGAGGGCAGCCCGGCCGCGCACCGGCUGGGGUGACCGGCUGGGGUGACCGGCCCCGCCGCCCCCGCACCAUGGCCCGGCUGCUGCCGCCGCUGCUGCUGCUGCUGCUGCUCCCGCCGGGACCUGCCUGGGGCUCCAAGGACAAGUGCAUCUCCAAGAUGUACACGGCGAGCGGGGAGUGCUGCAAAGCCUGCAACCUGGGCGAGGGGGUGGUGCAGCCCUGCGGGCUCAACCAGACGGUGUGCGAGCCCUGCCUGGACAGUGUCACCUACUCAGACACGGUGAGCGCUACAGAGCCGUGCAAGCCGUGCACGCAGUGCGUGGGGCUGCAGAGCAUGUCCGCGCCCUGCGUCGAGUCGGACGACGCCGUGUGCCGCUGCGCCUACGGCUACUACCAGGACGAGGCGAGCGGGAGCUGCCGGGAGUGCCGGGUGUGCGAGGUCGGCUUCGGCCUCAUGUUCCCCUGCCAGGACUCGCAGGACACGGUCUGCGAGGAGUGUCCCGAGGGCACCUUCUCCAGCGAAGCCAACUUCGUGGACCCCUGCCUGCCUUGCACCACCUGCGAGGAGAACGAGGUGCUGGUGAAGGAGUGCACGGCCACCUCGGACGCCGAGUGCCGAGACCUCCACCCGCGCUGGACAACCCACACACCAGUCCUGCCGGGCUCCGCCAGCCCUGAGCCCGUCACCAGGGACCCCCCGAGCCCCCCGAGCACCGAGGUGCUGCCCAGCACCGCGGCCGACGCCGGCACCACCGUCAUGGGCAGCUCGCAGCCCGUUGUCAGCCGCGGCACCGCCGACAACCUCAUCCCUGUCUACUGCUCCAUCCUGGCGGCUGUGGUGGUGGGGCUGGUCGCCUACAUCGCCUUCAAAAGGUGGAACAGCUGCAAACAGAACAAGCAAGGGGCCAACAACCACCCGGUGAACCAGACGCCGUCGCCAGAGGGGGAGAAGCUGCACAGCGACAGCGGCAUCUCGGUGGACAGCCAGAGCCUGCACGACCAGCAGCCACCCGGCCAGGGCACCCAGGGGCCAGCACCCAAGGCAGACGGGAGCCUGUAUGCCAGCCUGCCGGCCAGCAAGCAGGAGGAGGUGGAGAAGCUGCUGGGCAGCUCGGCCGAGGAGACGUGGAGGCAGCUGGCCGGGGAGCUGGGCUACAAGGAGGACAUCAUCGCGGGCUUCACGCGGGAGGAGUCUCCAGCCCGCGCCCUCCUGGCCGACUGGGCUACCAAGGAGUCGGCCACUCUGGACGUCCUGCUGGCCGCCCUGCGCAAGAUCCAGCGUGGGGACAUCGCCGAGAGCCUGUACAGCGAGUCCACGGCCACCUCCCCCGUCUGAAGGGUGGCCCGGGGUGGCCCCGCGGGGUCCCCUUCCCCCUCGGGCCCCUCGCCUCUCCCCUCCCUGGCACCCCGAGCGCUGCUGGGGGGCGGGGGGAGGAAGCGGGGGCUCCCCGGGCGCCCCCAGUUUACUGUCCUGUAUGCACUGCGCUCCUGUUUUCGGUACCGCCCCCUCCCACCGCCGCCUGCCCCCGGCAGCCCCUGAGUGCAAUGGGUGCGAGGCGCCCCCAGCCCGGCUGCCACCCCAGCACCCUGUGCAGCCCCGCUGGGACGGACACACGGACGCGGGAGUGAGCGCCGCGUUCUCCUCUCUCUGUUUCCAACCCCUUCCCCUGUCUCCCUGGGGCUCCAGCUCUCCACCCCUGGCCCACACCUCCACCAGUUCUUGCUCCUCUCCAACACUGAAAUCCGGCUGCUGGAGCGGGAUUUGGGGACGGGGCCGCACUGGGGGUGGGCUGGGGACAGGACGUGCAGCCCAAUGUGCACUGCCAACGCCAGGCACAGUCUCCCCACCAGCUGCACUUGGGCUUGGUCAGGAGAGGAUGUGACCCCCCAGUGUUGGGGACCAGGCGCCUGGUGGCACCUCCUGGUGCUGUGGGAGGACACAGAGGGUCUAAAGGGCUGAAAAAGUGCCUGGUGACAGCAGGGACACGGUGAAAGGGCUCUGCUCGCCCUUCCCUGGCACAAAGCCGCCCACCGCCAUUGCACUGUCCCUGUCCCUGCUGGGGGGCGUCUUCCCCCCGUAAGGGCUCCUUCUCCUCCAGCACUGUGAAGGGGGCUCAGGAGCCCCCUGCCCCCUGGGCCCUUUGCCUCUGCCUGUGCACACAGUGGGUGCUGCCACCCUUGGGGCACCCACUGUCACCCAGGGGCAUCCUCAGGUGGCCCCAACACCCCCUUUGCCACGGCCCCCCCGCAGACCCGGGGCGGGGACAUCACCCACUGCAUCUCCAGAGCUGGAAAUGCGUUUUGUUGGCAUAUCAGCUCCUCGCCAGCACCCGGCUCACCCAUGGGCGGGGGAGCACCUGUACGUGGUCCCGCGCGAUGUCCCCAACAUGUCCCUGGAGCAUCCCAGGUUUCAGAGGAAGGACAAGGUGACCUGGCGCCUGGUGCGUCUGCACUUCUGGACUCCCCUUCGCCCUCAGAUCCAACCAGGAACUGCUUCCUGAAGGCAGAAGGUGAUUUUCCUCCCCUCUUUAAGGAGAUAAGCAAGACUUGUAAAUAACACUGUGUCGUUUUAUGGACCGCUUGAUGUUUCCACGUGUGACACGGGGUGACGGCACCUGCUCCGACCCCUCUGCUCGUCCUCGCAGCCUUUGCAAGGCGAGCUCUCAUUUUGCUGCCCAAGCCUUCAGUCCCACCUCGUUUCUGGCCUUAAAGACUCAAUGGGGAGGCAGGGAGACACCCCCCAAAACUUGCUGCAGCAGAUCCAUGAGCAAUGCGGGAAUGUGGAAGGAUUUGGCUGUUCUGGUGGAGCAUGGGGACGGAGAUCUUGGUGCUUCCCAAGGGAUCGGAGCCUUCAGAGAGAGGACUCCAGAGCCUCAGUGCUUCAAAAGCUUUUGGGUAUUUUGCCCCUCGUGCUUUGGGUGAAAAAGCAGGACCUGGAUCUCUGGGGUGGGACAUUUGGUGCCUCCUACAGCCAAAGAGCAAAGAUCCCUUUGGAGGAACAACCCUACGAUGCUUCGGCCGCUCACACCAAACCUGGUGGCUGGAAACACCCGGUCCCGACAGGGCUGUGAGCCCCAAACCUCUCCCAUCAACAAAAUCCAAGGAAACUGCCCCAAAUUUGCAGUGAGCCCCAGCUUGUGAGCCCCUGGCUGGGGCACCGGCAUCUCUGGGGAUGCACUGGGAUGAAUUGCAAUGUUGGUUAUCUUUGGGUUGUUUCCAUCGGUCCCUUUUUUUGGUGAAGCGAAUCAAAUACGAACUAAGGGCGACUGGAAUUGAGCGCCCAGAUCAAAAGCAAAACUGCCCGAUCGGGUCCCACACGCCAACCCGGCCGUACCUUCCAGCUGGAAAUUGCUUUUCUUCAGGACAAUAUUGCCACGGUCUCAGGUUUCAAUUGCCAUAGUAAAGGGAUUUCCUCAGGGCUGAGGAAACAGGGACAAACUCAGCAUCCAAAGAGAAGCCGGGGGAUGCCUCAAAUCCCUGGUUGCGGGAAAUAAAUAGAAAUACAAAACACAAGGAGGGAAAACCAAGCCAAAGUUAGUGCUCGUCGGUGCGUUUUGUGUCCUUUUCUAAUGUUUCUGUUGUACGAAGAAUGUGUUUCCCACUCACCCCUCUGUAAUACCGAUUUAUUAGCAAGUUUUACGAUGAAGAAAUAGCCGCCGUAGGAGGAGUUGGGGUGGGUGUGAGCAGCAUGGGGGGUGCACGGGGGCAGUGGGCCUUGUGUAUCUGUCGGAUGCCAAUAAAGAGCAUCACUGGG